CGCCAGGGGGCGCUCGCGGGAGCGCCGGCGGGAGCGCGCACCACGUGGCCCGGAAACGCGCUGGGCGCCGGCGUCGAGGCGAGGCCCUGUGAGGUGGGCGGGUGACCUGGGCUCCCAGAUCCCCGCUAGGUAGUGCUGGCCGCUGAGGGAGGUUGGGACGGCCUGGGAGCCCGCGAGGGGCGAGGCGGGCAGGGCAGGAGGCCCGGGCAGCACAGGGUACCCCACAGAGGUGCUGCUCUACCCUGCCCUCCUCUCGGCGGCGGCAUGUUGCCCUGGCCUUCGCGGCGGUGGGGCGCCGGCGAGGAGCAGGCGCCGGAGGAACAGGGCCCCUCUGUGGGCAGUGGCCCCAGCCAGGCCUGGAACUCUGGAGAGGAAGCCCUGGGGGAGCCAGGAACACCCCCGCAGGACAGCCCUCAGCCCAGGUCCCCAAGGCCUUCCUGGACCCGGAGAGAGCAGCUGCUGGCCCGGGCCCCCUCAGGCCGGGCUGCUGAGCAGUCUCCAGGAACCCCAGAUCCCCUUUCCCCUCAGAUGGCCUGGGAGGUGGCCCCCUCAAGGAUGACCCUGCUGGCACCGUGGGACCCCAACUAUGAGGCUAAAGCAGGAUCUCAGCCGGUGUGGCGGCCCAGCUGUGGGUCUGGCGCCUCCUUCUCAGGCCGGACCUUGUAUCAUCCCUCCUGGCCCCUGUACGAGGCAGCCUCAGGCAGGGGCUGCAGGCCCCUGGCCCCCACAACAGGACAUCAGAAUGGUGAGCAGGCCCCCAGGGAUGCAGGGUUCCCGGUGAUGUGCUGUGAAGAUAUCUUUCUUUCAGAUCCUCUGCUGCCCCGUGGGCAGCGUGUUCCCCUGUACCUGUCUGAGGCCCCUCAGCAGGUAAUGGGCUCUCUGAAGCUGCUGCUCCCACCCCCUAUCAUGUCUCCCUGGGUCCACCCACCCCAGUCCCCACGCUGCUCCACUGUCUGGCUCAGUGGGCCUGAGCUGAUCGCCCUCACUGGCCUCUUGCAGAUGAGCCAGGGGGAGCCAAGGUCCAGCUCCUCGGGCUCCUCAGGGGCUCCCCCGCCCCCUACUGGUCCCCCAGAUGAUCAGCCAGGCCCCAGUGGUUGCCCUAGCUGUUCUCACUGCACUGACCCAUCUCUCCCACAGACCCCAGACACCCAUCAGCCAUAGCUCCUCUGGGGAUUCCGUGGGCCCCCUACUCUUCUAGGCAGGUUUCUAUUAA